AUGUCGAAGCCUGCACAUGUGGAUCCUAGCUUCUGGUCUUUCACAAAACAGGAAGCUGAGCGCAUGGAUCCUCGACAGCGACUAUUUCUUGAAGUUGCUUACGAGGCUCUUCAGAGUUCCGGAACCACAAAGUUCAGGGGUACCGAUGUUGGCGUCUAUGUUGGCACCAUGGGCGACGACUGGAGUCAGCUUGAGUCUCGCGACGAGCAGAGCCUCGAGCAAGUUCGACCUGAUGUAUAUGGAGAUUAUAUCCUUGCAAACAGAGCCUCGUAUGAGUUCGACUUGACCGGACCGAGGUGA